UAUUCUUUCAAUGCCUAGUCUAGAUACCAGAUAUCAUACAAAUAUAACAUUAACACAUUUGUUCCUUUUAUAAAUAAUUUGUAUGUCUCGUUUUCCGUUAUAUUUUGCGCCAUUUCCUUAUUACCUGUGGACCUGUGUUUGAUACGGAACCUUAAAACAUUUCUUUUUAAUCUCCUUUUUUGGAACCGCUAAAUAAUUUACAGGCCUGCCUGCACUUUCUUAGAGCUCACCUGACAGGUUUGUCGGACUACUACGUGCAGGGAACAAGUGUUUCUUCUUAAAACCUAAAGCUACGUAUAUAUUUUUUUGUUUUAUGAGACUCCGGUAUUUUCCUCUUAACGUCUUUAUAUAGUCUGUUGAAAUUGUUCAAAUUCACUUAAUCUGAUCGCGUUUCUGUAACAGGAGAGAGGUACCAUGUCAGGGCAGAGUAGCGAUCAUGUGCAUCGGUCGACUCUUGGAGUGUACGCGAACAUUUUGGAUCAGUUCAACCCCGGCUUGCAAAAACUUGUCGGUCUCGGUAACAGUUACGUGCAGGCUUUCCAAGCCUUGGCUGUAACCAGCAAGGCCUACUUCGAUGCCUUGGCCAAGAUGGGUGAGCAAGCGCUUCGAAGCAGCUCAUCCUACUCACUAGGGGACAUCUUGAUCGAGAUCUCCGAGAAUCAGAGAAGACUCAUGGCUGAACUGGAGGCCGUCUUUCGUUGGUUUCAUACUGAUGUGUUGCAGGAGAUGGAUAGUAAUAUCAAGAUGGAUAAAGAUUACAUAUCGGCCUGCAGGAGGCGCUAUGAGAUGGAGGUGAGAUGCCAGGCAGCAGCUCUAGAGAAGCAGCUGAAAAGAGGCUCUCAGAGAAACACCCAGAGCAGCAGCAGCUACAUGCAGUUCCUUUGGCAGAACCAGCAGGAGGCACUGAAAGAGGAGGAGAGGAGGUUCCAAUUUCUUGCUGAGAAGCACUGCGGCCUCACUCAGUCCAUGCUGUACCUCCUGAACAAGACUGGCAGCGUGCUGCAGCAGCGAGCGGAGCGAUGGAGGGAGCAUGUGGUGGAGCUGAGGGGGGGCAGGCCUCGCACGGUGAUGCACGUCGACCCUCAUGCGACGGUGGGAGGGAGAGAAUCAGAUGGAGCAUGCUCUCAGGCUACCAGAGGGCAGCAGCCAUGGGGUGUGCUGCCCUCCAGAGGCUCCUCCCUCCAGUCCGUUUGCUCCGCCUCCUGCUCCCCAGCUGCGUCCUCUGGGCUGAACAAGGGCAGACCAGUGAGAGCGCUGGUCUCCCACGAUGACUCAGCAAACCCCACACUACUGCCCUUCUCCCAGGGGCAGGUGGUCACCGUCUUGGUAUCGACGGCCCUAAACGGCUGGCUAUAUGGCAGGGUGGAGGGGGGCUCAAGGCUGGGCUGGUUCCCCGCAGCAUAUGUCCAACCGCUUGAGGAUGGCCCUGAAGAUAGCAACCUCAGCGCCAGCAAUUUCCUUCAAGUGAACAUCGGGAGCAGUCAAGACGCAGCUCCACCCCCUGCUCUGCUCCCAGCUCAGCCCCCUGCUCCGCCCCCUGCUCCACCCCCAUCUCCGCCCCCAGCCCCACGCUUAAAAGUCACAACCUCUCCCGUAAGGAAGGCAGAGUCCACCACUCCCAGCAAGGCGAAGCGACCAUAUCGUGACUGAAACGCUGUGACCCUCAGCUGCUAAUUACAGAUCUACCCCCGGAUUCAAUUACACUAAACAUGGGCCUUCAAAAUCUUUCUUUUGGCCAGUGGGGCGAUAGGCUUCCCGCCACUGCCGCCAUCCGCCUGCAAUUAGCGGACGUCUGAGCUGUUUUAUAGCAGGGAGCUGAUUUAUUACAGUCAAUCAGUCCCUCCUUCCCUCCCCCUCACAUCGUUACACACCCUAAGGACGUGUGUAUGUGCUGCAAGGUUUUGGGUUGCAUGCCGUACAGUUCGGUGAUUUGUCAGCUCCGCUCCUGGGUCUCCCUCGGCAGAACUCAUCACUCUUGGCCACUAGGCAGAUCAGGAUAGACGACACCGAGGUCACCAGCUCCUGCUGACUUUCUUUCUCGCCUUUGCUGUCCGAUUAUUGUGAUUCUUUUGAUUCUUUUGCCGUCCGAUUAUUGUGAUUUCUGCCAAUCUGUGUAUGACCCUGGUUUGUUUACUGGUUUUCUCGAUUCCUGUGUUGCCCCUGGUACUGUCGCCUGUCAUAUUUCCCGUUGUAAGCCUCUCUGAUUGCCGACUCGUUUGCUUCUACCCUCGACUAAGCCCUUGACUUGAUUAAGGCCAUUCCCUGCUUUUGACGCUUGUGUUAUCAUUAUUUAUAGUGUGUAUGCUAUAAGAAGCGACUGCUGUUUCCUUUUGACCUGGUUCUUUCUGUAUGUUUAGUGAGUAAGGCUAAGUCUUUUGUUUUGAUUUCCUUUCUUGUAGGGGAGUCAGCUGGGUUUUCAGGUGUGUAAGAUUGUUUUGUUUGUUACGUUGGCCUGUGCCACUUGGUAAAUACACCCCUUUUUAUGCUA